AUGAAGUUUUCUACAUACCUAAUAGUGCCUGCGCUACUUGGAUUUUGCAACGCGGUCACUCUAGAUUCUCUCUUCAACACCAAAGCCACAGGACCUGGCGGUCUUGGUGCAAACAAGGCCAUUAUACAAAAUUGGCUUGACGAUACUGCUCUCCUUGUCGAUGCUGCUCUGGGCGGUAUUAAUGCCUACCAAACCGAUGAAAAUAUGCGGAAUAACCUUUUCGCGUAUUUUGGCAUCAGGCCUACCAAAUCUGGCAAGGUGCAUGCUUCAGAUAAUGGUAAACUCACGACUGUUGCAAACACAUUGCAAGGUGUCCAGAGAUUUCUCAACAGACAGAACGCGAGAUUCACUGCAGAAGGAGACGGUACAGGAAAGCCAUGGCUCUUCUAUGAUUCAACAUGGCAAGAAGAAACAGAACUCAUAUACGACCCUACUGGAAAACCAGUUUUGGACCCAAAAGACGCGACCAAGCAAGCCAACUUUCGCACCUUCGUCGGUUCAGUCGAUGUUAGCACAAAUAGCUUGAUCAAAGACAUGCAAUUAGGCACAUCUCCCAAUUGGGCUAAAUAUGCAUACUAUUCCUCUGAUCUUCACGAUUACGUUAUAGAAACCAAGGCGAAUCGAUACCCUGGAAGCCCACCCUCGUGGUGUAGAGGGAAGUCGCUGUCACCCAAGGAACUUCGAUUUGGCCUUACGAAUACGAACCUUUAUCGUGAUGUCGUUACACUUUGCCCAGAUGCAUUUACUACAGAUUCUGAACCAUAUGAGACGAUAGCUACUGCUAUGGCAUCGACCCAAGCAAAAACUGCCGGCGCUGAUCUUGAUGAUGCUUCCCCAAGAUCAUUAACACUUUUCCACGAAUUGAUACAUUUGACAUUUGGACAAGGAGCUGAUGAUACACCGGAUAGUGCCACCAAGCCAACUGAAUGUCUAGCGCAGACAGUCAAUAAGCAAAGUUCGCAAAGUCUAGUCAAUCCAGACUCUUAUGUGUUCUUUGCGUGGUCUUACUAUCUCACCAAGAACGGUAACCCAAGUUAUAAAUGGCAUAGCGGAUUUGCCCAGGCAUAG